AUGUGCUUGGAGCAUAGCAAUGAUUCUGGAUAUUUUAAGAUGGGUUUUCCUAAAACUUUACCAAAUUUAUAUAUACACUCUAAAUUAGAUUGGCCACGUGUAUUAGUAUUGGUUACCCUAUAUCUUUUUGUAAUAAGUACUAUUUUAGUAGAUAUUGUUACAGCUAAAGAAGGAAAGUUGCGACAUGUAAGUGAUGAUACACUUUCAACUAUAUCAAAUAAGUAUACCUACAUAAACAACCUAAACGGACUUUUAGAUAGCUUGAUAAGUACUAUAGCAGAUUUAUCAAAGUGGAAAUUGGCUGAGGCUAAGUGUAUUUUAUCUUUACUUAAUAAUAAUUUACAUCACUUUAACCAAAUUGAAUGUUCAUCUAUAUUACAAAUAUCAACAAAAUACUCUCUUAUGUGGUUCUUAGUUUUUUUUUUAAUUGCAUUAUUUCCAAUUACAUCUUGGAUUGUGUAUAGAGCUAGUCACCAAUAUGAAGUAGGUCAAAUUUUACAUUUCUCACUACGUGAGAGUGGUAUAUUACUUAACACAAUGUGGAUAGUCCAAAGUUUAUUUCUCUUGUAUAUGACUGAUAAAGUAACUACAGGAAUUAUAUUAAUUCCAUUCUGUAUUUGUAUUGGUUUAAUUGGAAUAUUGGGAAUAAUAGCUCAACAAAGAAGAAAUGUAUUCAUGCUGCAAAUACAUAUUUUGUUACUAAUAGGAAUUAAAUUAUUAUCUUUAAUUUCAUUGGCUUCGCUUUUAAUUUUCCUAGCUGCUAAAAAUGUUGAAUACUUCAAUAAAAUAUAUUCAUCAAAUUUCUGGUUACAUCCGAUUUAUUUGUACUUAUUUUUAUAUUUUCUACCUUAUACUCUUGUUGAUUAUUUCAGCUAUACUUUGGAUCUAAUUAUUUCACUAAAUACACUGAGUGUCUUGAGAAUAGGGGGAAGUGCUGAUGAAUACAUAUCAGCUAGAAAUCUCUUAAAAAUUAAGAAUGCAAGAUGGACAACAAGAAGAUUUAUUAGAUCUACAAUUACUGGCUGCACUCCCCACUCACAGAUAUAUAAAAUUCCCAAAAAUUAUCCAAAUAUCACAAGUCCUGAUAGGUAUUACAACUCUCAAUAUACAAGUCUAAAUCAAACAAUUCCUACUCAUUUGAAGUUUGGAUCAAAUGAUAGUAAAUAUAAAGGAUACACUAAUAUCCCAUCAUAUCUGCAUGGCAGUAAAUCCGAAUUUGUGUUAUAA